AUGCGAUCGGAAACUACAAAAGGCAGCCGUGGCGCUUCGAGCCGCUCCAUUUACUCCACACAUUCUAUCGAAACGUUUAAAAACAUUCCUGGAAUGCUCCGAAUCUGCUUGUGCCUCGCUGUUUUUGUAAUGGCCAUGGCCGACGAGACAGACAUGCAGGCGAAAGCAAAGCAGCUGGAAGAAGACUUCAAGUCGAAUAUGUCCCCCGAGCAAAAGAAAGCCAAAUUCAACGAAUUCCUCACGAGCCUUGGAGGCGAUUACAAGGUGAAAAAUCUUGGAAACAGACUUCUCAGCCAGUUCGAAGCGGGCGCCUUCUUCAGUGGUAUGGAGAACGCCAAAGCGAUGAUUACCAAGGAAGUCGCCGACGCCCAGCUUACCGACGCUGACAAAGCAGAAAUGAAAUCAAUGAAAGAGGAGUUUGGACAGAAAUUCCAUAACAUGUUCAAGGGUGUUCUACCCAAAGGAGGCCAUGCGACGCCUGCACCCCCGGCAUGA